AGUGAUUUUCGUCUUUUUUAAAUAAUAUAUAUACCACAGCCCCGUCCACUUAGUGGACUUGUUUCCGUGUGGGCAACAGAGAUGCAUUUAAAAGGCGAAUGUUUUUUCCUAAGCUGUCCCGUGUAGAAAAGUUUUUCCUCCAGGUUUUUUGGGAACUCCACUGAGCCCAGCGAGCACAACGCGCACAUCUGACAGCGCGCCGAGUUCGUCCGCAUGGACAAGACCAACAUUCUCAUUGAUCGCUCUCUUAUUUUAUGACUAUAGCCACCCCCACUCUGUUCUAAAGACGAGACGUUUUUUUUCUUGCGUGUGCCAAAUACUCAAGCGGGCAGCACGUGCAAAUCGCGACACCUCCAGGUUCACGAGGCCCACUUUUUAGAUACUAUUUUGCAUCCCUAACGCCUCACCUGCCUUGGUUUAUUCAUUACCGUUAUCCUCAGACCUUGUUCAGACUACAGUGGAUCCCCCAUCACCCAUCGUCUCGUAAUACUGCAGCAGGACGUCCGGUGCGCGACACAGAGCGCGCGCGCUGCAGGAGCACAGAUCUACAGGAACUUCCCCGUUUGGCUGUGAGUCAUUGCAAUGAGCGCGCGCGGUGAGGAAGGCGCCGAAGCCUCGGGAUCUCGCGAGCAGCCCGCUCCGGCCGCCGAUCCUCCGAAGAGAGGACCGGGAAGACCCCGGAAGCCGCAGCAAGAACCCACGGGUGAGCCUGUCCCCAAACGUCCAAGAGGACGUCCCAAGGGAAGCAAGAACAAGGGGCCUUCCAAAGCAGCACAGAAGAAAGCUGAGACCACAGGGGAGAAGAGACCCAGAGGAAGACCAAGGAAAUGGCCACAGCAAGUGGUCCAAGAAAAGCCUGCUCAGGAAGAGGAGGAGGAGGAGGCAGAGGGCUCGCCCGAGGAGGACUAAUCAACCACAGCAUAUUACCUCUACCUCAUCCAGCUGUCAGCUCUCUUCAAGGGAAAAGACUGCCUUGACCACUUAUUGUUGAGUUUCCACUUUUGUUUAUCAAGUUUGUUAAUCGUUCUCAUUUGUUGCAUUUCUUAGUUUCAUUUUUGUUUGUUCUUGUUUGUUAUUUUGGUUUUGGUUUUGUUCUUGUGAUCAUCACACAAAACCUCAUAGCAUGAACGCGGGGCAAAAAUCACGACAACAACAUCGACAAAAAACACAACCGUUGUGCAGAUAAUAAUUCUGCUCACCUCCGCAUUCCAAACUGCUGUAGCACAGAGGUGCGGGAGUUAGCCGCAUGGGAUGUGCUGCUGUUGCUCUUGCCACACACACCAACACACACACAAAAGAGAAGGAAAACCUAUCUGGUUUUGUCAUUUAAAAUGUUUGUGGUAGAGCCUACAACACACUACUCCAUCAAAAGUGCACACAUACAUGCAGAAAACACCUUACUUCUGUGUCACACCACCAAAGACAGAUGAGAAACGAACUAUUCUGGGUAUUUAGAUGUAUAAAAUGUUUCAAUACAGCAUUUUAUGUCAUAAAAAUGUUCACUAAUAUUUAAAGAUAUGGCCUGCAGAUUGAACUGAAAAUAACAUGACCUAUUAAAUGUUAAUUACCAUCAUUAGAAAGUUUUU